UUUAACUCAUGUUGAAAAUAGAUCGACUGCAUAAUGCACAAAAUAUCGAAACAGAGGUAAUGCACUCGAAAGUAGCACAAAAUUUACACCUUUAAAGCCUUUUAAACAAGUAAUAUAAUGCAAGAUAAUGAACAUGAUUGAACGUCACGUCGAUAAGAACGAAUCUUGAUAAGAACGAAAGUUGAUAUUUCGUUGACAAAAAUAAUAACUAUUUUACCGUGUCGUCUCAUAAUCACACGAAUCACACAAUAGACGCGAUCUCUGUAAAUUUGCGUGCUCGCGAAACUAUAAUGCUGAACGUACGAAACUUUAGCCUCAAGUAUUGAUUAUACGCCACUUCUACCUGUUGCCACAAUAGGCGGACAAGCCACUCUCAACAUUGUAAAGCAUGCAACCUCGGCGCAAGCGCUUUUCCGAUCAUUACGUAUCAAAGGCUACCAAUGAAAUGACCGUCCAGUGACCAGCUCAUCUUCAAUGAGCGACGAUGGGCGAUCUCGUGGAUAAUCGCGAGCCUCUCAUGGUCAACAUAUACCUAGCUGAUAAGGACCGUAAUAUUCGGCUAAUACGUUGGUUGUUAAAAUCGAUAUGUCUCUGGCCUCGUUCAAGCAAUGCCUCAAUAGUUGACCGAGUCUUUUCGGAAUUGUCAAGACUCACGUGUUUCUCUCUGUUAUUUAUCACAGUGCUGAGCAUUGGUCUAGAUGUCUUCGUCGAGGAACAUGAAGAUGUGAACUCGAUGAUGGCAAACAUCGGUCCCUUCAUAACCUUCCUCAUGGCGCUCUUAAAGUACACCUGCCUGGUGUUGCAUGUCGACGACAUACGUAACUGUGUACAUUGUAUAGAACUAGACUGGAAUACUGUAAGAAGCAAUAAAGAUCACGAGGUGAUGCUGAGGGACGGCAAGAUCGGCCGCUUUAUGGCGAUUUUCAUCGCCGCUUUCAUGCAUAGCUCUGUACAGUCUUAUAAUGUUAGUAGGUGUUUAAAGGAAUAUAUCAUAGAAGUGGAUAACGUGAAUGUCUCGCUUCGCGAGCUGCCUUACCCUUUUUAUAGCAAAAUCCUGGAUGCGCGCUUCAGCCCGGCGUAUGAAAUUGUGUCGAUUAUGCAUUUCGUGUCGUCCUUCAUUGUGAGCGGUGUCACCAGUGUUAACUGCGGUCUAAUGGCGAUUUUCGUGAUGCACGCAUGUGGGCAGUUGAAGAUCCUGACGUUGUGGUUGGACGACAUUGUGCACGAUAGCGAUAUCGUAGACGACAAGAUCGUGCAGCGAAAACUGGGCUUCAUCGUUGAACAUCAUUUACGGGUAAUCAGUUUUGUAUCUUAUAUAGAAGAAGCAAUUUAUUUGACAUGUCUCGUGGAAUUAGUAGGAGGUUCGCUAACAUUGUGUAUCCUUGGAUACAGCUCUAUCACGGCAUGGAAUCAAGAUGAAACAGAAAGCAUUCUAACAUAUUGCGUAAUAGCCUUAUCUUUUACGUUGAAUAUUUUUAUAAUUUGCUACAUUGCCGAAAUUCUCAGCGAACAGUACAAACGUGUUGGUUUGGCGACUUACAUGACGGAGUGGUAUCGUCUACCUCCGAAGACUGCUCUCGGUCUUCUUUUGAUAAAUUUGAGAUGCAAUUUCAAUGUCAAUCUUAAUGCCGGUAAAAUGAUCGAGUUGUCUUUGUAUACAUUUGGAAAUGUACUGAAAGCGUCGGUGGCGUAUUUGAACAUGCUACGACAAGUGAUUUCAUAGAUUGUUAUAUUUAUUGCGCAUGUAGAUUUGAAAUAAAUUAAAUGUCGUUACUAUACGUACUUUUUAUACAUAGCACGUAAUUAUGAUUACUAAUAUUCCCCUUUCUCUCGUAAAGUAAUUGAU